AUGCGCAAUAUUCGCUGCAAAGUAGGAUUUCUAAUCUUCACUAUCACGGCAAGCAUCUUCGCGAGAUCGGUUGACAGCGAUGUCGACUUCAAAUCAUACUAUGAGACACGCAAAGAUAUCGCCGAAUUCAUUCCUGCUCCAAUAGUCGUCCCGCCUAGUCAAUACUUUGAGGGUGUCAACGGACAUUGGAGUACGUUCAAUGUAAGGGUAGGCACACCGGCGACAAGUGUUCGAGUGAUUAUUUCUACAAAUUCUCCAGCUACACUGGUUGUGCUCCCUGGAGGCUGCACGACAAAUGCGAUUGACCCGGUCCCAGCAGAUUGUGCGGACUCUCGAGGCGGGACUUUUAACAACACUUCAUCGAAAACCUGGAUUGAUCAAGGGAUAUUCGGGAUUAAUGGCGUGAGGUACGGGUUCGAGGCAAAUCUGGGAUACAACUUUGAUGCAGACUAUGGUCUGGACACUCUAGGCUUGGGAUACUCUGAUAGCGCAGAUGGACCUACUCUGAAGAACCAAACAGUCGCAGCAUAUGCACUAGCUUCGCCAUUAUUCACUGGUGUUUUUGGUUUAGGCAGGCAGCCAGUUAUCUAUCAGACCUUCGGCAAUGUUUCUGUUCCCUCCUUCUUUCAAAGCUUACGAAAUCAAAAACUUAUACCGAGCUUGAGCUGGAGCUAUACUGCUGGGGCUAAAUAUCGACUUAAAGCAGGCCAGUUUGCCCAGCUUAUAUUCGGUGGAUUUGAUGCAUCUCGGUAUCAACCCAGCCCCAUAACCUUUUCCCUGAAUGCAGAUGUUACACGUGAUUUACUUGUUGGCAUUCAGGCAAUCAUCUAUCAAGGACAGGCCACUACUUCGCUAUUACAAGAUCCCAUAUACGCGUUCGUAGAAUCGACAGACCCGAACAUAUGGCUACCUCUUAGCGCAUGUCUUCUUUUUGAAAAGGCAUUCGGUUUAGUCUGGAACGAAACUAUCUCGAUGUAUCUCAUUAAUUCCACGCAAUAUAAUCUCCUUUCUGGCACCGACCCAACAGUAACGUUCACUCUCGCCAACACUAUUUCUGGAGGCUCCACCGUCAACAUCCAGCUCCCAUUUAGUGCAUUUGCUCUCCAGGGAACGUAUCCAUUUGUCGAUAACACUACCUAUUACUUUCCACUCAAGCGCGCCGCAAACGAUACACAAUAUACGCUUGGUCGUGUAUUUCUACAAGAAGCUUACUUAACUGUCGACUACGAUCGAUGCAAUUUCUCCAUAAACCAAUGCACUUGGAUCGACGGUGCAACCUCGAACGUGAUUGCCAUCAAAGCGCCAUCAAAUGAGACCUCAAAUUCCAGCAAUGACACUAGCUCAUCAUCAGACAAGUAUUCUCCCAAACCUAUCUCAACCGGUACAAUAGCCGGUAUUGCCAUCGGUGUCUUUACCCUCAUCUUCAUUUCUUCCGCUGCAUUUUUUUUCUACCGCCAUAAGCAACAUAAACGAGCCCGAGACUCGCAACUCAUCGUCGGCACUCUCGCACUGACCGAUAUCCAAAGUAACAUCACCACCGAUAAUGACAAAAAGCCUGUCACGCCAUCAGAACACAAUUCCCUUGCGCCUAGCUCCGAGCUCUACUCUCCUGAACCUCAAGACCAUAUGCUAAAACAAGCGCCAUAUAUUUCUUCAAUUCUCUCGCGGAAUGAGAGUAUUUCACAUACCCCCAAUAGUGGAAUAUAUGACACAGAAAGAGAAAUUUAUCAACUGAAUGGAGAGAGCAAGAAAGUGGAAUUAGGAAAUACGGAUACGGGGUAUAGAUUUGAGCUUACUGAGGAAAGACUUCUUCCAGUGGAGCUAUCGGGGGAGAGUAUGGAGGUUCAGGAGCUAGUUUCGCCGACGUUGGGGGAAGAGGGGAGAUUUGUGCAAUUGAGGGGAUUGCGGAAUGGGGGUACAGGAGCGGAGAGUAGUAUUGGAAGGUUAAGUGAAGGUGUGACGAGUUGGAGGGAUGAGUGGCCGGAGAUACCGGAGACGGGGGUGGUUAUGGGAUAUGGUCCUUCUGAGAAGGAUAGAGGUAACAAUAGGACGGGUAACAGGGAGUAG